AUGAAUCCAGUCGCGAUUUUAGUUGAACAUCGUCUCUAUUUCCUUGUCUUCUCUAGGUCUGUGACGAGCCAUUUAAAAAAAAGUAUACCAUGCGUCACGGAAGGCAUUCUCCGGAAUAGCCUUGAGAACCGCGGUGCAUGCUGCUUUGGAUCCCCUCUGUCGUCUCAAAAUGCUUGCCUUUCAUCGGCCUUUUCAGGCGAAGAAACAAAAAAAAGUCCGGGGGGCCACAUCUGGGCUGUAGGGCGACUGCGGAAGCGUUGGGAUGCCGACCUUGGUCAGGUAGAUGUUCACAACAAAGGCGGUGUGAGCCGGGGCGUUGUCGUGGUGCAACUUCCGGUCGGCUGCGAUGUCUUGUCGGACCCGGCUGACCCUUAG